CUUCCAUCUCUACUUGACAUCCUCGCGCACACAUCGACGUCUCCAUCAACUCCUCUCGAGUCUCGACCUCAUCGACUUGUCGCGUCAUUCAUACUGGCGCAGUCUUGACUCCUCUUGUAUUGCACGAUCGGUCGUAGCCGACAUGCGAUAGGAGCAACGGAGCAACGGAGCAGGAGCUGCGGACAUCACCAUGGCUGCCGUCCCUAAUGGAUAUACGAACGGCGUGAAUGGCCAUGCCGCCAACACCGCCGUCGCCGCAAAGAGCUUCGAGCGCUUCGCCGACGUCCCCACCGUCAUCGACAUUCCUGUCCGCGGCGACGACGGAGAUGAAGCUGUCAAUGUGGACCUCAGCGAGGCUCUGGACGAUGUGGGCGAAUUAUGCGAUCUUCUGGAGACCGAGUGUGUUGCGAAGAACUAUUGGAUCACCAUUGCGCUCGCCUACGUCAAACAAAAGAGGGCGAACAUGGCAGUGGACAUUCUGAAGCGAGGGUUAGAAGCACUUCGAGCUGGUCGAGACGAGGACAAGCUGAGUCUGCUGACGUGCAUGUGCUGGGUGUACCUCUGGCAAUGUCGAAGAGCGCCGAGAGUCAAGCCCACGCAGCCCAAGGAAGGACAGACAGAUGAGCGGCUCAAGGAGAAUUGGCUCGCUCUUGCAACUAGCACUCUCAACGAUGCUUCACGCAUUAGUCCUUCAUAUCCACCGCUCUUCCUGGCUCGGGGGACAUUGCUUUUGCUGAAGGCAUCAUUACAGCCGCAAAAGUUUGGCCCUGGCGGAGAGCAUUCUGAUCGCGCAGAUACGCUGAAGCAGGCAUCAAAAUGCUUCGACGAUGCGUAUCGCACUUCAGGCAACAAGAAUGUUCUGGCAGUCAUGGGCAAGGCGAAGGCCAAUUUCUCGAUGGGCAAGUUCGAUCAAGCAUACGUGUUAUACCAACAGGCUCUAGAGCGAGCGCCAGACAUGGUCGAUCCUGAUCCACGCAUUGGAAUCGGCGCUUGCCUAUGGCAGCUGGGUCACAAGGAGAACGCGAGGGAGGCAUGGGAGCGCUCCUUGGAGCUCAACGAGUCUUCGACGAUUGCGAACAUCCUCCUCGGCUUGUAUCACCUUGAUCAAAGCAGCCACUACAACUCGAACGACCCUGCUUUUGCGCCGAUUUAUGGAAAAGCGAUGACCACGUACACGCAGACUGCGUUCAAGCUGGAUGCCAUGCACGCGCUCACGUGUGCAACAUUCGGUGGCUACUUCCUACUGCGCCGAGCAUGGGUCAACGUCGAUCGUCUGGCCCGGCGAGCGAUCGAGCACACAGAUGUGAAUGCCAGUGCAAGCGAUGGCUGGUACUUGCUGGCGAGGAAGGAGCAUUAUGAAGGCGAUCUUCAAAAAGCGCAGGAUUACUACAACAAGGCAGACUUGGCUCGGGGUGGUGAUGAACGAGGAUAUCUGCCAGCCAAAUUCGGCGCUGCCCAGCUCAAAACGCUGAUGAACGAUUACGAUGGUGCCAAGUUCCGGUUGGAGAAGAUGGUAUCAACGAACAAGAGUGUAGAAGCCAUGACACUGCUCGGUAUACUGCAUGCGGAGGAUGUGUUUGCGAAGCAGGUGACGGGUCUGAAAGAAGAGACGGCCGACUCGCGGAAAAAGGCCAUCGCGCUUCUAGAAAGCGUGCGUGUCGCAUGGAGGGACUCGAAAAAGAAAAUAUCGCCCGAUUCUGCCGUGCUCCUGAACUUGGCUCGCCUAUAUGAGCAAGAACAGCCCGAAAAAGCUCUGGCAUGUCUUCAACAUGUUGAGCAGCUCGAGUUGGACGAGUUGGACGACGAGGAUCUGCCAGAAGGCAUGGAGGACGAAACUGCCAUCUUGGCAGCCAAGCGCGAAAUGCUGAGUCCGCAGCUGUUGAACAACAUCGGCUGUUUUCACUUUCAGGCAGAGCGGUUAUCACAAGCACGAGAAAACUUUCAAGCAGCUUUGAGGUCGAGUGUAUCGAUCAGCAAUAAAGAUGCGUCCGUGGACACAGAUGCGUUGGUGUCGACCAUCAGCUACAACCUUGGUCGCGUGUACGAAGCCGAAGGUAUCGAGGACGAGGCGGAAAAGAUCUACAAGAGCUUGCUCGAUCGCCAUCCCGACUACGUGGAUGCGAAUAUCCGGAUGGCAUAUCUGGCGCUUCGAUCUGACCCAGUCAAGGGCGGCGAGGCCAUAAAGCAGCUUGUCGAUGCUGACCCAGGCAAUCUUGAAGCACGUGCCCUGCACGGCUGGUAUCUGAAUCGGACCAAGAAGCGCACACUGGCUCUCAAUGAGGACCAGGAGCAAAAGCACUACAAGCAUACACUCAUGACUUACGACAAGCACGAUAUCUAUUCGCUCACAGGAAUGGGCAAUCUGAACUUGGUGAUCGCUCGAGAAAUGCCUCGCGACACUGAUCAACACAAGGACCGCCGCAGUAAAACCUACAGCCGAGCCAUGGAAUUUUUUGACAAGGUCUUGACACUGGAUCCAAAGAAUGCAUUCGCUGCACAAGGUGUCGGAAUUGGCAUGGUUGAAGAGCGCAAAGACACUGCUGCCGCAAUCCAUAUUUUCUCAAAGGUGAGGGAAAGCGUCAAAGAUGCGUCAGUGCACAUCAACCUGGGUCACGUCUUCUGCGAACUCAAGCAAUUUAGUCGUUCGAUUGAAAAUUACGAACUGGCCCUGGUCAAGUCUCGCGAGAAAGAUCCUCAGAUCAUGGCAUGCCUCGGGCGUGCCUGGUUAAUGCGCGGUCGCACCGAGAAGAACCUGGAGCAUUACAAGAUGAGCUUGGACUAUUCGCAACAAGCAUUGGCUCACUCGCCCGAGAACAUCAACUUCAAGUUCAAUGUGGCCUUCGUGCAAAUUCAGAUUGCACAGCAGAUGAUUACUCAGCCCGAGGCGAACAAGACUCUGGUGGACGUGGAGGCGGCUAACAAAGGUCUGGAUGAAGCCAUUGAGAGUUUCAUCGAGAUCGCGAAGGGUCCGAGUCCCCCAUUCCCCAGGCAUGAUAUCGAGCAACGUGCCAACAUGGGUCGCAACACAAUGAAGAGGCAGCUUGCCACAGCGACCGAGAGGCAAGCCGAAUACGAGCGGAAGAAUGCAAAUCGCCUCGAAGAAGCUCGCAGACGCCGUGAGGAGGAAAUCCGCAAGCGUGAGAACGAGAAGCGAGCCGCACAAGAAAAGGCCGAGGAAGAGAAGCGAAAGCUGAGAGAAGAGCGUGAACGCAUCCAGGAAGAAGAUCGCAAGAUCAUCGAAAAGCGCCUCAAUGACGAGCGAAUCGCCGAGGAAGCACAGUACACCACUGAUGAAGAUGGGACCCGCAGGAAGCGCGAGAAAAAGCCGAAAGAGAAGCGACAAAAGCGCAAGAAGAAGGGCGAAGACUCUGAUACUGACGCUGAUGUCGCCGCCGAUGGUACUGGAGAUGAGGGAGGCAGGAGUCGACAUCGGUCACGGGCAACUAGUGCAACCGGCAGCGAUGGCGAGGGCCCACGUAAGAAGAAAAAGAGAAGACUCGAGCGCAAGGGUCAAGCUGUCAAGAGCAACUCAAAAUACAAGUCUGCUGAGACUGUGCAGGAUUCGGAUGAUGACGACGAUGCUGGCCUCGCAGCUCCUGGCUCAACUCAGCCCAAAUCAGACGACCCAGAAUCCCCUGGCGUGGAUGCAGGCGGCGAUGAAGACAACGUGGCCGACGGAGGCGAUGAAGAAGACGACGAUCCAUCUGCUGCUCGAUCGACACAACGCAGAAAACCUGCUCGAGUCCUCGACGACGAGGACGAAGAUGAGGAGCUGCCAGAUGCAGCCUCAGCAUUGGCCAAUGGGAAUGGGAACAAUGGGGCUGUCACUGACGCCAGCGAGGAUUAGGAAGCGGUGGAAGAACAAAAAAGCUACAUUUGUCACAGUAUUCUGACAAUGACUGCGAGGUCUGCGGGUAGGUAUGGCUUCAUGAUGAAUUCGCAGCCUCCUGAGAAGACGACGACGAAGGUCAGGGAGCGUUGGAAGAGUAGUGUGGCCGCAUAGAUCCUCCGCGCCUCUCUUGGAACGGCGACAAGCAUGAAGCAGAUCAGUACCUUGGCCAGUGUUACAUACUUCCAUUGCAGAUACCUUCCCGCUAUAAUCUUUGACACAAUUCCCAGACCAUCAUCCAC